AAAAAAAAAAAAACAGACCAGCCACUCCCUGGACUCUCCCCGGCUGGACGGAAGAUACAUAUAAAUGGCAUCUAAACCAGCUGUCCACGACCUGAUCAGCCUGUUCGAGGCCAUCGAGACCAGCGAGUCCAAGAUGGACGAACACACUUGCUAUCUCAGCCAGCUGCUGCCCUCGCCAUGGACGGAGAUGGCUCCCUCCCUGACCAUCCCGUACUCGCCCAGGUCGACCGUCGGCAGCGAGGUCGACUCGGACCGUCCAUCCCCUCUGACCUCAGCAACCUCCAGUCCGGCCUCCUCGCCUACUUCUAGCCCCAUCAGCACCUCUCCGCGCAUGAACAGAUUCACCUCUCCGCUCCGUCGGAUCGGCAGCCGGAGCAAGAAGUGCUAUUCGUCCUCCUCGCUCGGCAUGGGGACCAUCCUGCUGCGCCGUCGUCCGUCUAACGUCGACCUCGCGCUCACAGAGGAGCGCUACCGGUGCACCGAAGACUCGAUCGAGCGACAUGGGCUGGGCCUGCUGGAACCGCGUCCCGUUGACCCCGUGCCGCUCAUGACCGAUGGCCAGGCACCUAUUGAUUCAUCGAACAACCUGUCGAGCGUCACUUCAGACCUCAAAGAGCCUUCCGCGCCGCUCUCACCCCUAUCGGCCCGCCUGUCCCCGCGGUUCGUCAUGGGGGGAAUUGCCGAAGUCAUGGAGGGCUCUGCUUAGGCGCCAUCCCUCUCUCUAUAUAUUCGAAAGUUUACGACCUCACGCCCAACCCAUUAUACAAUGUCACCCGUUUUGUUCAGAGACGGAUACACUCUGCUGCUACCAUAUUGAUAUGAAAAACGCCGUUUUGCGUUACGAGCCUACCAUCGAGCCACUAAACGGCCCUACUACCGCCAAAUAAAGGC